AUGCCUAAUAAAUUUAGGGAACACGUCAAGGGGUGUGGCACGUUUAUUGAUCUGUAUGUUGUAGGACCCAAGGAAUCGAGGAUAGAAGCAGCAAAGAACAAUCAGGAUGUGAAUGUUGUUGCAAAAGGAAACGAUAAAAUUAUAGAGGGAAAGGAAGCUGUUUCGUCUAUUGCUAUUGAUGUUGAUGAUGAAGAGGACCAAGAUGAAACAAGGGACGACUAUGGAAACGAUAAUGAUGAUAAUGACAAUGACGAUAAUACCGACCGAAAGGACGCGAAUAAUGAUAAUGACAAAGCCAAAAACAAUGUACAACCGCAAAAGAAUCAAAUUUCGACCGAUACCAUCAACAAACUUCAAGACGAAACGGCUUUACCGUCUGACUAUCGUUCUUCUUUCAAUCUAAUCUCCUCCCAUCCAAUUUCUGUUCCUGCACUAUAUCCGUCUCUUACUCCUACACCUACACCUACUCCUUUUCCUUCUCCGUCUCCGUCUCUUACUCUUACACCCAAUCGUCUUGAGACUGCUUCGGAAACAGCAUCUUCCGUUGCUAGGAUUGGUGUUGAAGACGAGACGUUUGAUAUGAAGCAAGAAUGCGUUUGGCAAGGUACCCAAGAUAACUCUUGUUGCUCGCAUGAGUCUCCUUACUACGAGAUCAACCAAGGGUUAGCUACCUACGGCUUGCAAAUUUUAUCGAUCCAUGCUGUAUCGUGCGUCGAAUGUGGAGGUCUGCUGGAUGUAGAACAUGUCAAAUCACACAUGCAAAACGUUCACCAUGUUUUUCGCUUUGAAGAUGAGGUUGAAAACCUGUUUAAGCAGAUGAAUCACAUCGAUCUAAAGAGUCCAUCCACCGUGUCGAACGAGCGUUCAUCCUCAUGGGAGACGUAUCCGUGUAUAUUCGGCUUGCCUGUUUUGUUGAAUGGAUACGAAUGUACCAUUUGUUUUGAUAGUGGAGGAGGUUUUGUUCAUGGAAUUGCGGACACGUUUUACCGUCAUGUUCGACGGCAUCAUGGGAGGACCGUGAAUGUCAAUGAGUGUAUGCGACGAGUUUCGUUGCAAACGGUGAAAAACAAAAGCUAUCAAAGACAUCGAUACUUUAAAGUGGAUUUCGCUCCCGUAGUAGGAGAAGAUAGAAAUCAUCAAUUGGAUUCGUUGAUUGAUUCUUGGUAUUUGGAUCGUGUGGACGAAGAUUCUGAUGCCGAUGCAAAUACAAAUACAUAUACAAACACAUACGCUAGAAAACGAAAUGCAACUGAAGAGUAUGGCGACGACAACGAUUCGGUGGAUGCUCGUCAAAAGAAUUUGCUAAACCAGCAACUGGGUUGGGGAGCCAUUGUCAAAGCACUUGGCCGUAACUGGCAAGGCUUGAUUGGAUGGCAUUACAUUGACGGAGCCAUAAACUCCAAGAUUAUCCUGGAAGAGUUGAUUCGGUAUUAUUAUAGAGGAUUUCAGUACUUGAAGUGGAUGAUGAUUGGCACGAGAAAGUUGUUUACAGAAGGAGGAAACUACAGUGCGCAAGAGCGUGGGUUGAAUCCGCUGGAGCAAAGGGUCAGCGUCGUCAAUUAUGCGCGAAGUACUGCUCGGUAUUUGAUGUUUUUAUUACGACGACCAAAUUGUCAAAAGAAUGGCCAUGUACGAUCCCAUUUGGAACGGAUGUGCAGAAUCGUUUCGGCUGAAGCUGAAGCUGAAGCUAAAGCGAAACAAGGCGGUGGUCGAAAACGAAAAAGAGAUGAAUCACACCUAGGAAAAGAAGCAACAGUCGAAGACGAAGAUGCCAAAGUCUCUGAAUGGAUUGAUACCGCUAUUGGCGAUGAUGAUAAUGAUAAUGACAAUGACAUUAUCAUGAUGGAGGAAGAAGCGUUGGAUGAGAGUGAAGAAAUCGAACGCGAACGUGCUUUACAAUUAGAGUUGGAGCAACAGAGACAAGAGGAAGAAGCUGCUGGUAUACAGAAAGACCAAAACAAUGACCGAGGGCAACAGGACGGUGACGACGUUGACGACGACGCUGACGAGAAGGAAGAAAGAAGAGGGUUCUACUUUCGAAAGGAUGAAGCGUAUGCUGAAUUGCACGAGGCAUUAAAGUUGGCUUUUCUACGACAGUACGAAUUCUCGGAAAGUAUCCGCGACACAGAAAUCGUCAAGUUCUUGGCAUGCUUGUCUCUGCGUGACGAUGGAACGUCAAGGUAUGCGUAUGAAAUUUCGUCGUUCUUUGCUCCCUUGAUUUAUACGUGUCGUUUGGUCGCUGCCAGUGAAUUGCAACGGUUGGUUGAGGAAGGAAAAGUCACACUGUCUUCUAUACCAGAGUUUCAUACGGCUGGUUCCUUUGCAUACACACACGUGUUUCGCUAUAUAUCUCUGGGCAAAAGGAAUAUCUACGACAUUCUGUAUGAAGCCAACAAAAUCGUACGUGAUGUGACUAGGACGGAGGGGUAUGCGAAUACCUUGGAAGGUCUGAACCCGUCAAGGGUAUUGUUUCGACCGGCGUUCAAUGCCAAAUAUACGAUUGUUGGGAGCCAUAUCAACAAUAUGGUUGUCUUGGACCUAAGUGAUCUGAGCCAUCUGUAUGAAAGCAUGUUUUCAAGGUUGCAAUUGCUCUUGGAGGAAUUAUGCUUUGGUGUGGAUAUGGAAAAGCUACUACCAAGUUCUUUGUUACAGUCAGUUGGUGACGAUAUUAACAAUAGCAAGCUGGGGUAUUCCUUUUUCAAAGAAUCCGUAGACAUUCGGAUGACGAGAAGUGUGCUGUUGCGAACGGUUUUGAAGAAUGAUGAACUUCGACAUCGAUUUUUGCCGCUUGUUUCCAGGGACGACUUUUACGACUAUUUUGAAGAGCUUGUCCAAGCGAACAAAAAGAAAAGCCAGAAUGGCACCCAAGAGCAAGACUGGACCGAUAAAGAGAAAGAGAAAGAGAAAAAGAAAGGCUCGAGGAUAGAGAAAAAGAACGACAUGUCGUGGAUGGAUGACUUUGACGCAGUCUUCAAAAAAGAUUUGAAAUGGUCAAAGACAUCGAUUCUGAAUUAUGAAACAAAGGCGACCAAGUUCAAUGAGCUGUUGUUUUGCUUGGUCUAUAUUUCGGCUGGACAACCGGCGAGAGCAAAAGAAAUGGUACAUUGGACGCUGAAGAAUUCAAAGUACAAAGCACGAGAGCUGUACUUGAUGUUUGGUCGUUUGAUGAUUUACAGCCGGUACGACAAGACGAGAAACAUGAAGUUUGCGGAAAAGCCAAUCCCUCGAUUCCUCCCAGAGUCUCUGUCAACAUUGGCCCUUCGAUACUAUGCACUAGUACGUCCGUUUCAAGCAUUCUUGAGCUCUGUGAAAACAGGAAACAAACAAGCAGCUGCUGUUUAUACGAAUGCUAUGUUUGUUGUGAAUGGUGGGAAACGUUUGGAUAGUGGGAUGCCUUAUCGAAUAUUUCCAAAGGUGACAUAUGAAUGCCUUGGAAAGCCGUUGGGAUUUCGAAAUUACCGACAUAUUGCUCAUUACUUUAAAGAAAGAAAUUUAGAGGAAGACAUGAGCAAAAAUUCGUAUUUUGAUCUACAAGCCGGGCAUACACGAAGUACAGCGCUUCUCAUAUAUGGACGCACGAUGGACAAGUUGCAUUAUUUGCCAGCGGAUUACUUUGCGAAUUUUUUUCGAGCAAGUUUUCAAUGGCAAGAGCUGCUAAAAAUCAAAGACAACUCUGCGCAUGGUCUCUUGGUUGAACAAUGUAAUCCAAUCCUAAAAGAAAUUCGCGAGUCGACGAAAGAAUUGAAGAGCAUGCUACACAGUGCUAAACAAGCGGUUGAAGAAGAAGCAACAGCAACAGCGACAGCAACAGCAACAGCAACGAAGGAACAACCUUCGUGGUCGGAUACUGGCUCUCGUGGGAUUCCUCCUUCACAGAUCUACGUUCAACUUUGCCGUUGGGCAUUAGCCCAAUUCUGUGGACUGAGUGCAAAGUUUCGGUCCAAGAAACAAUUUCAUUCAGUUUAUUUUUCUGUGCAAGGUCAGAAGAAUCUGAUUAUUGUUCUUCCUACAGCAUCGGGUAAGUCAUUAUCAUUUCUGUUGCCAGCCUUGAUUGAUAAAACCAUUCGACCAAACAAUACCACAUUGGUUGUUGUACCCGCGAUAUCCUUACGUGAGGACAUGAUGCGAAGAGUUAACGAAACAGGACUUGUCGAAUGCACGAAUACUUGGACUCAGUACAGGAACCAACCCGUGACUCCGUCGUUAAAACUGCCCGACCUGUUUAUCCUUACGUACGAGUCUGCACUGUCCAAUUCUGCAUUGGCUUUCUUUGAGAGUCUUGGCGUUGCUGGUCGCUUAGCUCGUGUUGUUGUGGACGAAGCCCAUAGUCUGUUGACGGAUAGUACUUGGAGAAACACUUUGCUACAGGCACCAAGAUUGUCGGCAUUGUUUGCACCGAUUCAUCUGUUGAGCGGAACGUUUCCACGACCGCUGGAAACUUGUGCUAGCAAAACUUUUGGUGCUACGUUUACCGUUGUGAGAGACAUAUCGACAGCGCGACAGAAUCUAUUCUAUCUUUUACGUCCGCUAGUGGCUAAUGCGUUUUUGAACGAGUUGAGCGUCUUGAUGGAAAGAGCUAAUGUCUAUGAGGGCGAUGGUCGUGUGAUUGUGUUUUGCCAAAAAAAGCACGAAGUGGAAUACCUGCAACGAAAGAUUCAACGGUCGGAUCUUUUCCCUUGUACAGAUGCCACGAUUUACACGGGAGAUUUAGAUGAAGCGGAACGAAAAAAGUCGUUUGAAAAGUUUCGCAACCCGAAUGGUAGGACACGAAUCAUGGUAGCAACCAAGGCGUUUGGUCUUGGGAUCGACUAUGGUGAAGUGCGUCUGGUAGUGCAUUAUGGAUUACCGAACUCGUGUAUGCAGUACGCUCAGGAAACAGGGCGAGCGGGAAGAGAUGGUAAGUAUGCUAUUGCAGCUCUUUUCUACCAGGAACACGAUUCUGUGUGGUCCAAGCAUGUGGACGAGUCGAUGAAGAUGUUUAUGAAGGACAAGACGAUGUGUGUGCGUUCAUACUUUGCAGCAGAGAUGGAUGGGGAUAGUGAUUGUUGUUCUUCAUUUGAGAAUUGUGUAUAUUGUUCUAGGUGUGCACAGAUGUUUCUUGGUGAGUCAGCAAUGAUAAAUAUUCAUGGAUCAAACUUGGGGAACGGAGGAAAUCGUACGAUCGAUGGAAGUACUAGCGAAAAUGCUCGUACAGCAUAUAGUUUCUCACCAAACAUGGGCGUGAGCAUGAGUAAGGGCAAUGGCAACGGCAACGGCAACGGCAAGGACGAACGUAACUUUUUGGAAAGUUCGACGCCAAAGUCAAAGUCAAUAAAAGUUGGACAUACACAGUCUUUUUCUUCCGAGAAGGAAAAGGAAAAGGAAAUGACAACACCCAAACUUGUUUCUGCCAGUACUCCAGAGUUGAGUAGUGGUAUGUCUGGGACAACCUUGUUGACACCGGGCAGUUCUAGCUCUAUUAUGCAUUCGCCAACGUUGAAAAAGAAUUAUAUUUUGGAUAAGCCUGCGCAUGACAAACUUGGAAAGGACGGUAAUUCUCCAAAGGUGGAUGAUGAGUAUCGUGUUCACUCGCCGUAUAUGUCGUUUCAGAAGCGGCUCGCUGCUUGGGACAAAGAUUCGCCCGUCAAGAGAAACAAAAGCGCUGGUAUGGCGACGUUGAGAAAGCCUGGUGGAUAUGUUGGAGUUGAUAAUGAAGAAGAUGAUGAUGAUGAUGUUGAGCAACAAUUGCAGCGCAAGAGAUUGUUGGAGUAUAAGAGUCGUGUUCAAGAUGUCAAUCAACAGUUGAUGGAUGAGAAUGCGAUAUCAGCGUCAGUUGCUGAAUUCUUUGGGGUAUCGAAAGACGACUGUUUGUUUUGCUUGAUUAUGGAUCCUGAUUCAAAACUCAAACAGCAUCAACCGGGCAGAUGCCCGAUUGAGAGGAGUGCAUGUUUCAAGUGCCGUAAAACGGAUCAUGGAAGAGCCCAUUGCAAGAUGGAUGUUCAGUUUAAGGGAGUAUGUAAGUAUUGUGGAUUAACGAUCCAUGAACAUGAUUCUGGUGACUUGGGAUACACCCCGGAAUGUCGUUCUUGGGCAAGAAAUCGAUUGAUACCGCUUACUUAUACGGCAUGGAACAGUAGACUGUUUAAAAAAUCCAUUGCAAAUGAAUUUCUCAAUGGAGAUACCACAGACGAAACAUUUUACAAGUUUGUUUGUACCUCAACUACGAGGGUCUCUGGGUUUGUUCUUGUGAUUCGACAUGUGUUGGAUGAACAUUUGCAUGCUCUGUAG